AUGGUCGCAAUUGCGAACGGCGACGAGGGGAAAGGCGACAGGGUGGGAAACCCAGAGAAGAGGCGACGGUUAUAUACCGAAGAAAAGACAAAAAUUCGAGUCAAGCAGCGCGAUGUGACUUCCUUUUUGGGAAUUAAUUCUGGUCGCGUCACAGCUGUCACGGAUCCCAAAGAAGCGAAUCGCCGGCGAGACCCUUCGAGAUCUGGUGAGCAGAUCGGUCAUUGUGCUUGCAAGCGAGCCACGCGAACCGGGCAUGCCAACAUUUGGAAGCAUCAAUUGCACCAGUUACGCAAGAAAUGCACGUCCCCUCUGCAUGCCUAUUCCACUCAAAUUUCACUAACCGCUAUUCACGUUUGUGUCUCGCCUCCUCGAACGUGGUCCCUGCGUACCACGUUUAUCUUCACUGGCCAGCGUGUGUCACCCGUAAAUCUGAAUUUCAAACCCUUCUUCCAUGAUCUCUUGAUGCCUUUGUCCAUUAUAUCCGCGUAUUUGUGCCGCAUUCCCACCAUUUAUCGCGUUUGUAUUCUUUGA